CUUCCACUCAUCUUCUUCAUUUCCUCCUUCCCAACACUACUCAGAUCAGAACUUUUAAUUUCAAGAAAUGGGUAGGAUUCCUGUAAAAUGGUGGCUAUGUCUGUAUCUAUCAAGCUGUCUGACCAUCAACCUUGCUCUCUCAUCCACCAACAAUGGCGUAUCCAAGAAAACUUAUAUUGUCCAUAUGGACAUCGCUGUUAAACCUACAACCUUCACUGACCAUUUUGAGUGGUACUCAUCACUCGUAAGAUCAGUAGCAGUUUCACCCGAUGGCAUCAAUGAAGAAGAAGAAGAUCAAAGAGUUAUUUAUACAUACCAGUCGGCUUUUCACGGUAUGGCGGCAUGGCUGAGCCAGGAAGAAGCAGAAAGGCUCGAAGAUCAAAAUGGUGUGGUUAGCGUACUUCCCGAGGUUAAAUAUGAGCUGCAUACGACAAGAAGUCCCUCGUUUCUUGGGCUGGUGCCGGAAGAUAGUACGAGCGUCUGGUCUGACAAACUGACUGACCACGAUGUUGUCGUCGGUGUGCUGGACACCGGAAUCUGGCCGGAGAGCCCAAGCUUCAAUGACACAGGUUUUACCUCCGUUCCGACCCACUGGAAAGGCAAAUGUGAAGUCGGCCGGGGUUUUGGAAAGCACCAUUGUAAUAAAAAGAUUGUCGGUGCUAGAGCAUUUUACCAUGGCUAUGAAGCUGCCACUGGGAAUAUCAAUGAGGAGAAAGAGUACAAGUCUCCUAGAGAUCAAGACGGUCAUGGGACGCACACGGCAGCCACGGUUGCAGGUUCUCCGGUGCAUGGAGCCAAUCUUUUGGGCUAUGCUUAUGGUACAGCCAGAGGAAUGUCUCCUGGGGCAAGAAUUGCAGCUUAUAAAGUUUGUUGGACUGGUGGUUGCUUUAGCUCUGAUAUUCUCUCCGCCGUUGACACGGCGGUGGCAGACGGAGUCAAUGUCAUGUCUAUAUCUUUAGGUGGUGGAGUUUCAUCAUACCAUCGUGACAGUUUGUCAAUAGCGGCUUUUGGAGCCAUGGAGAAAGGGGUUCUCAUUUCGUGCUCUGCAGGAAACGGUGGGCCUGAUCCAGUCAGCCUGACUAAUGUUUCGCCAUGGAUUACUACAGUUGGUGCAAGCACCAUGGACCGAGAUUUUCCAGGUUCUGUGAAGCUGGGAUCUGGGGUGAUGCUGAAAGGGGUUUCUCUUUAUAAAGGAAGAAGAAAUCUAACACCCAAAAUGUUGUAUCCUCUGGUUUAUACCGGGAGUAAUUCAAGCAGCCCUGACCCAGGUUCGCUGUGCUUGGAGGGAACACUGGACCCACAUGUGGUUGCAGGAAAGAUUGUGAUAUGCGACCGUGGGAUUAGUCCUCGAGUUCAGAAGGGUCAAGUGGUAAAAGAAGCAGGUGGCAUAGGGAUGAUUUUGUCCAACACCGCUGCCAAUGGAGAGGAACUGGUGGCAGAUUGCCACCUUCUUCCGGCAGUAGCUGUAGGGGAAAAAGAGGGAAAAGCAAUCAAGCAAUAUGCAAUGAGAGAUCGAAAUCCCUCUGCGAAUCUUGCAUUUUACGGGACCAAAGUUGGUAUUAAACCGUCUCCAGUGGUGGCUGCUUUUUCAUCCAGAGGACCUAAUUUCAUCUCCUUGGAGAUUCUGAAGCCGGAUCUGGUGGCUCCGGGAGUCAAUAUACUUGCUGCUUGGACGGGUGAUAUGGGUCCAUCGAGUCUAGAGACUGAUCGACGUAGAGUAGAGUUCAAUAUACUUUCAGGCACUUCCAUGUCUUGUCCUCAUGUGAGUGGUGUUGCUGCAUUACUGAAAGCAAGACAUCCAGAUUGGAGUCCUGCUGCUAUAAAAUCAGCAUUGAUGACAACAGCAUAUAUCCAUGAUAACGCCUAUCAACCUCUGAAAGAUUCUUCGACUGGUGGACCAUCUAGCCCAUAUGACCAUGGUGCAGGACACAUUAACCCAUCUAGAGCCCUUGACCCUGGUCUGAUUUACGAUAUUGGAGCACAGGAUUACUUUGACUUUCUGUGCACACAGGGUUUAACCCGCACCCAGUUGGUGGUUUUUGCCAAGUUCUCCAAUAGAACCUGCCAGCAUUCCCUUUCUGGCCCAAGCGAUUUGAACUACCCAGCUCUAUCGGCUGUGUUCCCAGAAGAAAAAAGAGUUUCUGCUGUAACUAUCCACAGAACAGUGACUAACGUUGGACCUCCGACUUCAAAGUACCAUGUGGUUUUUUCAGAAUUCAAAGGUGUGGAUGUUAAAGUGGAGCCAUCGACUCUAGAUUUCACCAAGAAAUAUCAAAAGCUCUCUUAUAAGGUCACCUUCACAACAAAGAUUAGGCAAACAGCACCAGAAUCUGGAGCUUUGAUAUGGAAAGAUGGUGUACACAGAGUAAGAAGCCCAAUUGUAAUCACAUGGCUGUCACCACUAUAAACCAUGUUGUUAGAGACAGGGAUAAAAACUAGAGGUGCAACAAUAAAAGAUGCUUAUCCCAAAAAGCAGUGUUAAGUGUUGAUUCAUUCUCAGAUCAUGUAACCCUCUUUUUGCUUUACCUUCAACUAUUUGGCAAUAUAUUCUCUUAGCGUUUUAUCUUCAUAAA